AAAAAAUCUUUCUAAAGAGCAAACGGAGCCGGCGUCGAAGAGGAAGUUUCGAUUCAGUAAAAGUGAAGCAAUGAAAGCUUCAGAAAUUUCGAUCAAAUCGAGCGAAAGCGAAGGAGAAGUCAGGAGUUUCGGUAGAACACAGAAGCCUCCAUUCAGACCAGCUAAGGAUGACACAAAGCCAGUUCUUCAAGAUCCUAUACUAAGAUCGGAUCCAAUUGAGACGGAGGAAGCGGUUCUGCGGCUGCCCCCUUUUCCUAUCGUCGGACAAAAACCCCAACCCAGAUGAAAGAUAAUCGAGGGUGAAUGUCACGUUUCAUGUUAAUUUUGAGAUGAAUUGGAUUUUGAGCUUCUGUGGAACUCAAAUUUCAGAUUUCUAGUAGCAGAGCCAGCAAUUGCAAUACAUUUUCAUUUCGGUUAA